AUGACUGCGGCGAUCCGUCAACUAGCGUACGGAGUCAGUUCUGACGCAGUUGACGAGUAUGUGCGGAUCGGGGCCAGCACAGCGAUGCUGGCAUUGCGGAAGUUUGUGCAGGCUAUUGUCGAGCUGUUCUCAGAUGAAUAUCUCCGUGAUCCCACUGCAGCGGAUACCGCUCGCCUCUUGGCCAAAGGCGAGCUGCGAGGGUUCCCCGGGAUGCUGGGGAGCAUCGACUGCAUGCAUUGGGUAUGGAAGAACUGUCCGAAAGCGUGGCAUGGCGCAUAUACGGGCCAUACUCGCAAGCCUUCAAUAGUUUUGGAGGCGGUUGCGUCGUACGAUUUAUGGAUUUGGCAUGCUUUCUUUGGGAUGCCUGGUAGUGUAAACGAUAUAAAUAUUUUGCACCGGUCUAACUUAUUUACCAGGCUUACCGAUGGGACUGCGCCAAACGUGUCGUACACCGUUAAUGGUAAUAGGUACGACAUGGGGUACUACCUCGGCGACGGCAUUUACCCCGAAUGGGUGACUAUAGUGAAGGCAAUUCCAUCACCAAGAGGCAACAAGAGCAUCCAUUUCUCUGCCAUGCAAGCAUCUGUCCGCAAGGAUGUUGAACGUGCAUUUGGUGUCUUGCAAUCUAGGUUUGCUAUUGCCCGCGGACCUGCUAGAGUAUGGGAUCAAAACACACUGCAUAAUAUAAUGACCGCAUGUAUCAUUAUCCACAACAUGAUAAUUGAGGAUGAGCAUGGAAGCGCUUUGACGGAGCAGGUGUUCGACUUCAUGGGGGAGACAACGCCAGUGCAUCAAGAUGCUGAUCAAGGAGUCCUGCAUUAUGUCGAAGCCACUCAAGCUAUCAGGAACCAUGCAAUGCACCACCAAUUGCGUGACGACCUUAUUGAGCACCUCUGGAGCCUGCAUGGAGCACAGUAG